UAUCCUCUGCCUCCUCCUUCCCACUUUCUCUUUCUCUCUCCCUUUCUCUCUCUGUCGAUCUCUCUCUCUCUAGAAGUUCUAUCUAGAAGGCGGGGAAGAUGCAAGGGGGAGGGGCGCCAGAAUCCGGCGAGGGUGGUGGCGCAGUCCAUUGCGUUCCAGCUGCCCGGCUGGCUACUGGCAAGAGGAGGGGGAGCUACAACUGUGGGAGGUGUGGACUCCCCAAGAAGGGUCACACCUGCACCUCCUCUAUCUCCUCCCCCUCCCUUCACCACCCUCCAUUUCUCACGCCACCGCCCAUCUCCUCCCUUCCUCCGCCCUCCUCCUCCACCACAGCUGCCGCUCCCAAGAAUAAGCCCCCAGCACACUCCUCCGCCUCCCGCCGUCACCUCGACUUUACUGCCGAGGUAGCUGCAGGCUCGGGCGGCGCGGUUCCGGAUGGAUGUCUGGCUGAGGUUCUUCGGAGGCUGCCGCCGCCGGCGUUGCUGGCUGCGGCGCAGGUGUGCCGGGAGUGGCGAGAGUGCGCUGCCCUUAUCUGGGCAGCUACCGAGGAGAUCCGUAUAUCGGUUGGUCGGAGGCCAACGGCGUCGAUCGGCACUGUUCUGAAGAAAUGCCCCAUGCUCGCCCGCCUCUCGCUUCGGAUCGAAAGUGAGAUCGAUGCUACCGUUUUGGCGUAUAUCGCGUUCAUCUGUCCCAAUUUGGAGGGGUUGGAGAUCCGGAUAGCUGAAUCUGCAGCUAAUAGGAUAACUGGGGAUGAGCUUGGCCGUUUUGUUUCAGAAAGCAAAUAUCUUUCUGUUUUAAAGAUUGAAGGCUGUACAAAUCUUGGUCGUCUUGUACUGUACUCAUCAAGUCUAGUAACCCUCUGGUUGUCAGAUCUCUACUGUCUGAGUGAAACGGUGCUGAACUGUCCUAGCCUGAAAGAGCUUUCUCUUGAUUUUGUUCGGGAUGAAAAUGAUUCAACUGAUCUAUGUAGCAUGGCAGAAAAUCUUGGAAGAAGCUGUCCAAGGUUGCGAAACGUACAUAUUGCUUCUGUUCGGCUAUCUCAUAACUUUGUCCUUGCACUUACCAGUGCAAACUUGAGGAGUCUACGCAUGCUUGCCCUGUUGCUUGGUUCAGAAAUUACAGAUGCAUCUGUAGCUGCCAUUUCCUCAAGCUAUAGUUCUCUAGAAUUGUUAGAUCUUAGUGGCUCAAGCAUUACUGACAAUGGCAUUGGAAUGAUAUGCAAUGUUUUUCAGAGAUCUCUAUCCCGACUUCUACUUGCAUUUUGUCCUAACAUCACUUCCAGUGGGAUUCAAUUUGCUGCUGCUCAGUUGCCACUUCUACAGCUUAUUGAUUGUGGAAUGCCAAUACUAGAUCCCUGCUCUCGUGAUGAUGCUUCUGAUGCCAAAGGAAUGUUGACAGACAAAAAUGAAUUGGGUCAUGGCUACUAUCCGAAGCCACCUGUUGUUAAAUUGCAAUCUAUUUGUCAAAAGCUAAUUAUUAAGCACUCACGGUUGAAGAAACUUAGCUUAUGGGGUUGCUCUGGUUUAGAUGCCUUAUACCUAAACUGUCCAGAGCUUCAGGACCUCAACAUCAAUUCAUGUACGAACUUGCAACCAGAGGGUGUCAUUCUUCAAUGUCCCAACUUGAAAACCGUUCAUGCUUCUGGGUGCAAAAAAAAGCUGAUCGGAGCAAUUGAAGAUCAGGUUUUCAAUGAUUUUGCUAGCCUAACCAAUUCAUUUCAGUCUAAGCGGUUGGCUGAUGGGUCCAAAAGGGUUCAAGUUCCCCAGUUUGGCAUCCAACAUUUGCAGUCAUACGACGAGGACACCAAAAAGAUCAGCUCGCGGCCCAGAUGGAGGCUGAAAAUUGAUUAGUUAAUGCUCUCUUGUAGAGUAGGCUGAUAGUAUCUUCAACCGUAGGGAUCUGAUAAGUGGCGUAGCCUGACAAAUGGACGUUGAUACUUGGUAAUCUCAUCAACUUUUUAGCAUCUUGUGAGGGGGUCUGUAAUUUUCCCCCCUCCCACGGUCAAGUUCUCGUGCUGCGACUUGUACCAAUGUCAGGUAACGUAUACCUGUUCGUAUCGAUCUUCGCUGAUGGAAAGACUAUCCUAGUAUUUCUGUCUUGAAGAGGAUGCCCUCUUUAGCAAGAGGGCAAUGGUGUUUCUUGUAUGAAAUGAAACUUGAUAUUCCAAUUUGAAAUGGACAUGGAACUAAUUUUUUUCCACAAUAAAAAAUAAUUGUUACAUGUAAA